AUGAACGGCACAGAGGAUGUUCCCGUCAGCGCCGCCCCUCCGCCGGACGACACUGACGUUCGAUCGGUGUCAUCGGAUAACGACAACGACAACGAGCACGUACGCGAGAAGCUGAAACAUACCACAAUUGCGGCUUCGGGUUCUGUCACCGGCGACUCGGGCUCAGGAGACCAGGAACCCGAAGACGAGGUUAUGGCUUCGCAGUCCUCGGUGGAUGAGGUGCGGCGGGCGAGGAAGCGAAGCCAUGAUGAGAGUGAGGAAGACAAGGAGAAGGAGGAGGGUGAGAAGGACGGGAACCGGAGGAAGGUGCCGAAGCCCCAUGAGAGGAAGAGGAGUAGGGAGGUUACAGAGGCCGACAGGCUCCGGUCUCGUUCUGUCAAGACUCCUCCGACUCAUCCAGAGGGAGCUGAGAGGGCGCAGCUGGAGAGGGUGGCGAGUCCCGUGGGGCAGCUGGAGAGGAAACGAAGCUUGGGAAAGCUGGAUAAGGAAGAGGAGGAAGACCAGAAGAAGAAGGUUUCUAAGACCGAGGAAGAGCAACGCAGGAAGGAAGAGUCGGAGGCACAGAAGAAGGACGGCGAAGACACUGCAGGAAUUAAGCUUCCCGAGAAUAGCGGUUUUGCCAAUACUUCGGUUAAAUCUCCGUUUGCGGCUGCCAGUGCCGGAGUCAAUAUCUUUGGCGGUAGUGCCAAUUCGACGAACCUCUUCGCGAACUCCAAGUUCGGCGCUCUCUCGGGGUCUUCGGCUUCUCCCUUCGGAACUCUGGGCGCCAAAUCUGGAUCCCAGAGUCCUUUCGGACCGUUCGGAGGCAAAGUCCCAUCUUCUGGGUUCGGAUCCGGUUCGGCGUUCGGCAAUCCAUCCGGUGGUUCCGUAUUUGGUGGUGGCUCUGUGUUCGGAGCGCCGGCGGCACCAAAGCCGAUAGCAGCACAGAAGCCAUUCGGUGCGCCAGAUGAUGACAAGACCGAUGAAGACGACUCGGAAGAUGAGGACGGGGAGAAGAAGGAUAAAGCGGCGAAGGAUGACGACGGUUCGGGCAAGCCAAUCGUGCUUAAGGAGCAGGAGGUUAUGACCGGCGAAGAGGACGAGACUACCAUCUUCAAGUGCAAUGCGAAGAUAUUCCAAUUCGAUACCGAAGCCAAGGCAUGGAAGGAGCGCGGUAAAGGGCAGCUCCGAGUUAACCGGACUACACCUUCCGUCGGCGACUUCGGCCUGGCCAGCGACGAUGAGGAGGAGAAGAAGGAGCCUCGGAAGAAGUCUGCGCGGUUGAUCAUGCGGACCGAUGGAACCUAUGUUGUCAUCCUCAACACACUUAUAUACCGGGAGAUGAAGAUUGGCGAGGAACCCACAACCCGUCAACUGCAGUUCUUGGCACAGGACAACGGAGUCCUCACCAAUAUCACGGUCAAAGUGGGCAGUGUCACUGUGGCUAAGGAGCUGCACAAGCACAUCAGGAAUCUGAAGAAGGAGAUUUGGGGUUAA